AUGAAAAUUAGCCUAUUUGAUGACAUGGACCAACCAACAACCGCUGCAGUUCGAACAUCAGCCGGAUGUACAUCAUCGUUUGAACUGGUAACAGAAGCGAGACAGGGACAGUGGCAGGAACCUUCAUGUUCAGCUUCUCUUUUCGCUGAGGUUUUCCAUGACACAUUGCGAAAGACAUGUACUGCUGACAUCGACUUGGCAACACGGACUACGUUACUAUCAGCAUCGACAUUACCGACCAAAAUGUUCCCUUUCAAAGAGGAGGACGAAACUCGGGGAGAACGGUAUUCGCUGAAACAUUUCAUUGCGUCGGUUUUAGUUAAUCGGUUCGCUGGUGUUUAA